AUGUCGUCCUCCACCGUCCUCACCGUCUUCGCGGCCCUCGUCGCCUCGGCCAACGGCCUUCUCUGGCUCCAGUGGGGAGGUGACGCCAACGCUCGUGCCUACGAAUGAGCACCUUUUCGACUUCUGAAUAAAGCUUUCUUAUCCAAAAUAUGUUAUUCUUCUCAUCGAAAAGAAUAUAACUGACGUCAAAAAAAUGCACUUUUUUCUUACAAAAUUUAUGGAGAUUGAAUAAUUUAAAAAAAUAUAGUCGCUAGAAGAAAUUGAUAGUUUUCCAGGCCACGAGCCUUUUUUAGUGUGAAUCGGAGCCGAUACUGAGUUAUGUACCUUCGAAAACGUUUCUGAACAGUGGUAGCGGUUUUCAAAUAUUAUUAUUGAAUUUUUUUCUCGAAAUGCUCGGAAGCUAAUAGUUUGAAACAGAGCGGGUGAAUUUUCACGGCUUGUCAAUUGCCCACUUGCAGACACUCUUCUGCAAAAAUUAAAAAUUUUGAAAUUGUUCCAGUGAAAGAUGUGCGUAAGCUUCCUACAACUCAUAUAGGGCAAUCAGAACAAUUUGAAAAUCAAAAAAAAAAAAAUAAUAUAAAGCCGAACUUCCAACUUUUCAGCUGCUUUUUAAAAUAAAAGCCUUUGCUCCGCUUCUAUUAUUCCGACUGAAUCGAAAGGGAAAGAAUUGAAGCUGACUUAUAAAUGUUUUUUUUUUCGAAUCUUUUGACUUCCUGAAUGGACCUUUUUUUGGCAAGAAAAUAGUACACAACUUGUCGCUGAGGAGCGUGUUAUCAGCGCUAUUUUUCCUUGAUGAUUCGGCGUUUUGUUAUUUGUUUCUUCGUUUUUUAUGCAUUUUCUUUGAUGAACAAUUUUUGGAUAAAAGAGCUUUAUUCAGAAGUUGAAGGUAGUGCUCAUUCGUAGGCGCGAGCGUUGGCGUCACCUCCCCACUGGAGCCAGAGAAGGCCGUUGGCCGAGGCGACGAGGGCCGCGAAGACGGUGAGGACGGUGGAGGACGACAUCUUCCGAUGGAUUCUGGAGGGGAAGAUGGAAUCUUUAAUAGGAAGGAUCUAGGAAGUUCUCAAGGAACAGUUAAAUUGAAGAAUGGGAACGGACUAGAAGUUCAUGGAAGCUUCUCAGGACUUGAUAAAGUUCCCAUCCUUCAAUUAAACUCCUUUCACUAAACCGUCCAGAUCCUUCCUAUAAAAGGGCCUCCUCCUCUUCAGAAUCCAUCGGAAGAUGUCGUCCUCCACCGUCCUCACCGUCUUCGCGGCCCUCGUCGCCUCGGCCAACGGCCUUCUCUGGCUCCAGUGGGGAGGUGACGCCAACGCUCGUGCCUACGAAUGA